UAGUGUCUGUAUGAUGUGACCUGAGGAUUUACCAACCAGGUAUGGACCACAAGGUGGAGAGACAAAGCUGACAACAGAGGAUAAAUCUAGACUUCUAACCUUGAUAUAUAGGUGGAUUAAAUCUCCAGAAUGACUCUGGAGCGAAAUCUACAGCCUGAGUACUCGUCAGUGAUAAUGAGUAGAGUACCCCACAGAACAUCUAACCUUGACGUACCUCAACAACGCGAUGAGCCGAUCAAUAGCAGAAACAGUCCGAGUACACUCAAUGUCCUCACAACCAGCUCAGAUUUUGAGUUUUCUAAUAGCAUGCUCCAGUUGGACCAUGACCUUGACCAGUUAAGCUUGACUGAGAAGUCUGAUGACUCCUCCUCCUCAACCUCCCCAACAGAGCCUCACUCAGCACCAGUCACCCCGGCACACCGUCAGGAGGGACCAGCCAUCACUGUAGGAUACCGCCGGGCCACACAGGGAGGGUUCCUGGAGGGGCUCCUAGGGUGUCUGAGGCCAGUGUGGACCAUCAUAGGAAAGGCAACCACAGCAGAACUUAAACAACAAGAUGAUUGGGAGAUACCAUUUGAAAACAUCACAGAUCUGCAGUGGCUUGGCAGUGGGGCCCAGGGGGCUGUCUUUUUGGGCAAGCUGAAUGGAGAGGAAGUAGCAGUGAAAAAGGUCCGAGAUGUCAACGAAACAGACAUAAAAAAUCUACGCAGACUCAACCAUCCCAAUGUCAUCACAUUUAAGGGUGUAUGCACACAGGCUCCGUGUUACUGUAUCAUUAUGGAGUACUGCCCCUACGGUCAGCUGUAUGAGGUUCUGAGGGACGGGAAGGAAAUCCCUCCUGCCCUGAUCCUGGACUGGGCCAAACAGAUCGCUAGUGGCAUGCACUAUCUUCACAGUCACAAAAUAAUCCACAGAGACCUCAAGUCACCUAAUAUUCUUGUUGCCAAAAAUGAUGUAGUAAAAAUCUCAGACUUUGGUACAAGUAAAACCUGGAAUGAAAAGAGUACCAAGAUGUCCUUUGCUGGAACAGUGGCCUGGAUGGCACCAGAGGUGAUCCGAAAUGAACCCUGCUCUGAGAAAGUAGAUAUAUGGUCCUUUGGAGUAGUUGUCUGGGAACUGCUGUCUUCAGAAAUCCCAUACAAGGAUGUCGACUCCUCUGCAAUUAUCUGGGGGGUUGGAAGUAAUAGCCUGCAUCUUCCAGUACCCUCUACAUGCCCUGAAGGAUUUAAAUUGCUCAUGAGGCAAUGCUGGGAAGCAAAGACAAGGAAUAGACCUUCAUUCAAACAAGUUUUGAUGCAUUUGGAAAUAGCAACACCUGAACUUCUGAAAUAUUCCUAUCAAGAUUUUAUAACAGCACAGACUAUUUGGAAGGAUGAAAUUCGGGAACAAUUACAGUUGAUCCGAUGUGAGGGAACACAUAUGCCCCACCUGGAGGAAGAGUUGAUCAAACGUAGAAGAGAAGAACUCAGACAUGCACAAGAUGUCAGAGAGCACUAUGAGAGGAAGUUAGAACGAGCUAACAAUCUGUACAUGGAACUGACUGCAUGUAUGCUGCAACUGGAGAAAAGAGAGAGAGAAUUAUUAAAACGAGAGCAGCAAUUGGCCAUGUAUGACAAGAAAAGGAAAAGUAUUGUGCGACCAGUAAUUCGAGCACAGGAGAGGAUAGAUAGACUGAGUAAAAAACGAACAUACAAAUCUGGCUCAGAGCUUACAAGCCCUGACAACCCAGAGGGAGUCAUGGACAGCAGUAUGACCACGAGUUCCGAGCAAGUUUUACCGUCUCCCACAAAACUACGCAUGAGAAAGAGUAGACAUCGUCGUAACAACAGUAAAAGUAGCCUAGGCAGCAUCUGGCAAAGUCCUGCGAAAACAGCAGCAGCAGUGGAAGAGGAUCAAAACGAAUACCAUCUCAAACACUGUGACGAGAUGGAUGUCACUCCACGGGUUUUCAAAUACUUAGGGCCUGGAACAGCCCUCAGGGAAUACAAGUCAACCGAGGAGCUUCAUCUUCCUCUGAGUGAGAGUGAGCGCACUCAGAGGCCGUUAGAACUUGGACAAGUAAAUGAAGUUAGUGAGAAGAAUGUGAAUGAUGUUUGUUUUGGGUGUGACGGAGUGUGUAGUGAUCACACCUGUAACAGUAAGCGGUCCAGUAGAGUAAGUGUGGACAUUGAGAGUAAUGACUCACCCAGCUCUCCCUGUCCCAUGAGUCCAUCUCAAACAAUGAAUGAUAUAGAGGAAAACUGUAACCAAUCAAAAGACAGCUCAGUAAGUGAUGUGGAAAACACGACAAGUUACACACCAGAUAAAGACUCCAAUGAGAAUAUCAAUAAUUUUCCACUGAGAGGUGGAGUUACACAAACAAGUGGAGAUUCAGUGUUUACAAGUGAUUUACAAAAUGAGGAAGAUAAUACUGUUAUAUACAACAGUGUCAAACGAACUUCUAGUGAUUCAGAAAUUAGGAGGUCGCCAAAAUUAAUGCAGCACAGACUUUCCAGUAUUGAGUCUAUAGAUUCAACACCUGUUCUGGGGAGGGAGAGAAGAGCUAGGGCACAUAAGAAUUCAGAAGAUUCCUGGUCUGAGGAAGAGGAAGGAGAGGUUAGUGAUGACGGACAGGCAAACAGAAAACGAAGGUCAUACUGUUCCACACUGAGCUCCGAGGGCUGUCUCUCAGAGUACGAGAACAAUACCAGCGAUCAUUCCACGUCCUUCAACGGAGAUGGACUGCUUUCCACCAACAGCUCGGAGAAUCUCCAGAUGGAGCUGGCAAACUGUGCCGUCACCUCAGAUGGGCUGUCUGACAAAGAACUGACUGUUAGAAAAAUGGCUCAGCAGGUCUCCAAUUCUCCAGAGCGGGUCUAUAAGACGUCAGACAGUAGUUCGGACUCGGACGAGUGCUCAGACAUCACGGUAUCUACGACAGUACAUCGUACCCAGGCCUGGUGACAUUGAACCAAUGGCUGAUUAUUUAAAUUCCAUGUUGAAGUGGACCCAGUGACAAGGAAAUUUUAGUUUAUUGCUAACUCUAUGGUUGUUAAAGUUGAAAUAUUGGUUAGUCCUGUUGUUUGUUUAUAUCACUGUAUAUCAUACUCGAUACAUUGUCUGCAUAUCAUUACACAUCUCUGCUUUAAAAUCACUGUGUUAAAGGUAGCUAUGUAACAGCCAAACUGGACUGGAGAUUACAGACUACUCACGCAAAUUUCUUAUCUUACAGCAGUCGUGCAAGUUGUCCUAAAAUCGUUGGGUUCCAUCAAAGAAUAUUUUGGAGUAGAUCUUUAUUAAAGUUCUAGAGAGUUUGACACCAAAUAAUGUCUUUAACAACAAUCCUGUCUAGAAAAAAGUAUAGGUUUAAGUUCAUGUACAAUAAAUAGCAGCUUUCUUUCCUGAAACUCAUGAAUUUUACAUUUAUAAUAUUUAAUGUACCAGGGUAACAAAAUUUUACAUUUAUAAUAUUUAAUGUAAUGAUGUGUUGCUAAGUGAACAGAAAAGUCCAAAGGAAUUUUUUACAGGGCCUUUUCUAGGCACAGGACAGCUGAUACAUGUAAUAGAAACAAAGUACAGUUUAACUUUGGUAACUCAAACACCAAAAUAUUGAAUACCAUGGAUAUGUCAAAGUGAUUUGGAAGUUUCAACUACCUAUUCUUUAAGAAGGUUUUUCUCAGUCCCAUCAAGUUUGAGUUAAUAAGGUUUGACUGUAGUAUCCAAUCUAGUUUGGCUGUACCUACAAAGAUUAAUUCAUAACAUAUUUAUAGGUCAAAGUGAUUCGAAAAAAGCACAAAAUUCACAUUUGUCCUAUGGGUAUGUGUAUUACAUGUAUAUAUUGCUGUGCAAUGUAGCUAUAUGUAAGACCGAAAUAUAUACUCUUAAAAUUCUAAGGGUUAUUAUGUUGAGCUUUUGAAUUCCACUUUAAGAUAGUGAUUAUGAAUGCCUGUUGGUUGUAUUUUUGUGCUAAGUACUUAAUGUUUUCCUCAAAGUUUAAAACAAAGAAAUCCAUGAUACAUUGUUAAAUCAGGACUGUUGUCUCUAACUAAUGGUGCCCUGAAUGAAAAAGGGACUCUAGUCUGAAGGAAGUCUUUCAAGUCUGGGAAAGAUGGAAAUUAUGUUUAAUAUCAAUUGAAAUAAUUUGGUUACUAAUAACGGGCUACUACUGGGCAAAUCAUAUUGAAAUUUUUAAGAUGUCGAUUUAAUAAUGAUUUUAAAUAUUUAAAAAGUAUUGCAGGGUGGAAUAAUUCAUUAAUUGGAAUCGAAAUUAAUAAUAUGUAACAGAACUUUCAGAACACUUUACAAAUUUUUUCCUGAAUUAAUAGCAAAGAUACAUAAUGUAGAUGUAUUAAAAUUCAGAUCUUUUUCAUUCUUUUGUCCAACAGUAUUUUGAAAUGUUACUUCAGGUAUUGCAUGUACAUUUUGUUCUUGUUACCCUUUCCACAAAGUCAUUUGAUACCUGAAUCUAGAAAACUGAUUUCUAUUUAUUUGUAUUUUUGCAGUGCUUCCAUCCUACAUGAUUUUAUGUUGCCUUCCAUUCAAAGUAGCUAGUUAUUAACAAGUCGUAUUUUUUUGUGAUUUCCUUUACAAGAACGAACUUUUUUUCUGAUGAUUGUAUACCUUGAAUUUACCACACUAUACACAUUUACUUGUCGAUAGUUAAGUUGUACAUAUCAUAUCAGAAUUUCAUACAUAUAUAUAUAUAUACCUCUUGGUAUAGUUUUUUUUUUUUAAGAAUUUUUAACUUUUUUUGUUUGGCCAAGUGCUCAUUUUUAUUUAGAUUUUUUUUCUGUUAAAACAUUCCAAUAUUUUAUUGAAAUAUUGUUGACUAUUGUACUGUUUUAUCUUAUUGUUGAUAUGAUUUUUCAGGACUUUUCCAUCAGUAUGUGCUUAUGAAUUUGAUGUCAUUCAAAAGCUUGUAUAGGUUGUUCAUGAAUUUUGUCAUAUAAAUGCUUGUCUAGGUUGUUAUUGUCAAGCAUUGACUAUAAUCUGUAAAGCAAUAAUACAAAAUAGAAUAAGGUCGUAUAAUCACCAGCAGUUCAAUGAACUUGAUAGUACAUGUAAUUUUAGCUGCAGAACUGUGGCUCUCCAGAAAAAAAUAUUGAUAGGCCAGAGAGCUACAGUGCCACCCAUAGAAAAGAACUGUUUAUUAAUUGUGCACAACAAGUUUUGCUCGGUUCUGGAUUUAUUUCUCCAAAUCCUUAAUUCAACUGAACAAAAGCUCUAUUUCAAAAUGUUUCUUAGACUUCUAUCAACUAAUCUCAUGGUUGACAUUUGCAGGAAGCCCAUUGCACAAAUUGUCUUGCCACCCAAAAAUUGCAGUAGUAAAAAUUUUUUAUGGUCUCAGUUUCCAAUCCAGAAGGGCACUAUUAUCAUUGGUUACAAGGAAUGUUUUGUUGUGGAAAUAGUAAAAGAAUACAUUAGGAACACAUGGUUUGUAAUAUUUUGAGAUUAUGGAGAAAUAGCCCAUGAACUAUAGAUGUUCAUUUUUUUUCAAUGGAUGGCACUGUAGCUUUCUGGUCAUCCAUUCCCAUUUUUUUUUCAGACCAACAGGCUACAGAUCUGCAACUUAUGUAAUUAAUUUGUAUAUAGAAUGCAUUUUAUCAAAAUUGAUGCUGCUUUUCUUUCAUCUGUUUAUUGCAGACGACCAUGGUUCAGUUGUGUUUUAAACACCAUUCUCCGAUAUAAGAUGUCUUUAUUGUGUUGGAAUUGUAAAUAAAAAAUCUGUGACAAACAAA